AUGGCUUCAAUGGACUACGAAUCCGAGCAGCGUCCUUACGACGACGAACCCCGUGCCUACGAGCGCGACCGCAGCCGUUCUCCUCGCGCUGACCGUCGUGAUCUCGAUGAUUCGCGAGCUCGCAGCGCCUCUCCUAAUGGACGCGAUGCCCGCGGUCCUCUCCCCAUCCCCCGUAACCUCAACGAAGAGGAGGACGAGGAAGGUGCUCGCAACCCUGGCUCUAACCUUUUCGUCACCGGCAUCCACCCAAACCUCACCGAAGAGGAGGUAACCCGUCUCUUCGAGAAGUAUGGCGAGGUCGAGAAGUGCAACAUCAUGCGCGAUCCUCAUACAAAGGAGUCUCGUGGCUUCGGCUUCGUCAAAAUGGUCACUUCUGAUCAGGCUGAUGCCGCAAAGGAGGGCCUCCAAGGUGAAGUUCAUCAAGGCCGAACGCUGAGCAUCGAGAAGGCACGUCGCUCCAAGCCGCGCAUCCCUACACCCGGAAAAUACUAUGGCCCCCCCAAGCGUGAAUUUGGUGGUCGUGGUGGCCGCGGCGGAGGCGGUGGACGCUUCGGCGGCGACCGUUACGGCGACCGCUACGAUGACCGUCGCGGAGGAGGUGGAGGCUACGGGCGCCGUGACGAUUACGGUGGUGGUGGUGGCGGCGGAUAUCGUGGCUCACGUUACAAUGACCGCGAUGACCGUGGCUAUCGUCGCGAUCGUGAUGACUAUGGCUCUCGUGGCGUUGACCGCUAUGCCUCUCGCGAUGAACGCGGUUACCGUGAGGAGCGUCGUGGCGGCGGAGGUUACUAUGAUCGCCCUCCUCCACCUGCUGGUGGACAAGGUGGUUAUGGUGACGCCCCUCCUCCUCGCCCAGAGGGUAGCUACGGCGGCGGCGGUGGAGGUGGCAGGUCCUAUGAUGACCGGGAGCCUGAGCGGUUCUGA